ACACGAACACACGGACGACUUCAUUCGUGCGCAGAGGAGUUAGCGUCGCCAAUUAGCAUCCGAAAUGUCCUUUCGUUCCUCUUCCGUAGCGCUUCUCCUCACGCGGGCGCCCAUCCCGGCUGACUCUGGGCGAAAGGCGGGUACGCCCCGAACUGGUCGCCAGCCAACCAUUGACGUCAUUUGACUUUGCUCAGCUUUUCUUAACAUGAAUUCCGGAUCGGUCGAGUACGCUUUUCAUCGGGUAGGCGAGGAAGCGGGCCUCAGCUCUGUCAACCGCCGUAGUGGCGAACAGACGGCGCCGCGAGGCCACGAGAGCGGCGCGGCUUUCGAGUCCGAGAUCGAAUUUGCCUUCCGUCCACUACAAGGGAGAGAAAUGCCAACACGUUGCAAGCCGGACAUGUUUAGACACUCGAGCAGAGUACGUGCAGUAUUUGUACGCUGUCCGUAGAGAGGGUGUGUUGCGAUCGUGGGCAAAGGUGACGCAGUUCGUGGAGUGAAUGACAAAACACAAAAGAAAGCCACUGACGUUCGCCUGGAGUCGUGCUGAGUCAGCGGCACAUCAACGGUUAUCUGGCCAUCAAAAUCCCUUCUCACUCAGUCUUGCUUUUGUUCUUUUCGAGUUUGAGGUGUCACGCAAGCAAAAAGGAUUCGCGUCAAACAAAAACAGCACAUUUUGUUUGGGUGAAACCAGCCCAUGUUCUACUGCUGAUUACGCAGAAAGAGGAGGUCCACUCGUCGCGUAUCCUGUGGAAGGACACGAUAUUCUUGAAAGAUCGGGCAAAACGCGCCUGCAUUUCAUCUGCUUCUUGACGUGCGCGCGCGCGUUACGGCGAGGGAAGAAGACGACGAAUCGAAAAGGUGCGUUGUACUCACCCAGAAGACGUAGCAGAAGAGAAACAGGACGUACUUGACAGCGCGGUACCCUCGCAUGUCAGCACGGCCGAGGCGGAAGCGGCUCCCGCGAAGAGGUCGGCGGGCGUGUGCGGUGUUUCGGCGUGCGCCGGCUUGCGCGUGCUGCAUUCCUGCUCCCAAGCGCUCCAGACAUGCGGGUACAAUAGAGGCGAACACGGUUCAUGACACUCGGUGGCGUUUGCAAUGACAUUUAGCCUUAGGCUAGCAAGGCAAACUUGCUCGCUUAUUUUCAGUGAUGGAGGUGGACUCGUAUUUGUUUUCCAAUGUAAAGUCACCAAAGGGUGUCCAAACUUUCCCCUCUGAGCGCCGCAUCAAGAAGAAUCAUUCUGCACGUGUUACAACAGCGUAGCUUCGUAGUAAAAGAGGGCGGGUACUAGACUGGCCUGCCUGCAGUCCCAUUGGAAAUGCGUGGCGCAUUAUUAAGCGUAAAAUACGACAACGGAGACCCCGGACUGUUGAACAGCUGAAGCUGUACGUCGAGCGAGAAUGGGCAAGAAGUCCACCUACAAAGCUUCAAAGUGUCGAAUCUUACUUUUAGUAUAUGCCGAGGGCCGCUCAAAAAUGGAUGGCGGGCCGCAAAUGGCUCCCGGGCCGUAGUUUAGACAGGCAUGGCUUACUCUCUUCGACGAAGGUUCAACAAACGUGCCGUUUCUAUGCUCUCCUGAAAAGCGGUGGAUUUGGAAGUUCGAGGAUUCCGCCUGGCGCCAGUCCGAACCAAAUACCAGAACUGUUGAUUGGAAUAAUAAAAAACAAACAAACAAAAACUAAAAGCAUCACUGUGGCAACAUGUGACAUCAUCUUUGUUUCGGUCCAAUGAGGGACCUGCUUUGAUCCCAUUCGACUCCCCCCCCCCUCCCGAGUGCGGCAGGUGUACACCGAGGAUUGAAUCUCUUGCUCGUCUUCCUCACGACCUGAUCGAGGACAUGGGCCUGCUCGGCUUCCUGUCUGCGGCCAAAGAGCGAGCCGAAAAGCUCCUCGGCGAGAAGAACGUGGUCACCGACUUCCUGGGGAAGGUCGAGGAGAAGACCGGAGUCAAGAAGAAGAUCCUCGCAGCCGGUGCCGUCUCAGUGACAGGAUUCUACCUGGUCUACGGUUACGGCGCCUCCCUGCUCUGCAACCUGAUCGGUUUCGCCUACCCGGCGUACUACUCAGUCAAAGCCAUCGAGAGUCCCAGCAAAGAAGAUGACACAAAAUGGCUGACCUACUGGGUGGUCUACGGAGUCUUCAGUCUGGGGGAGUUCUUUUCCGACAUUUUCCUCUACUGGUUCCCCUUCUACUACGCCUUUAAGGUAACCUCCUCGCCUCCCUUACCUCCAACAUGCUGCACUUUUCUUCUGGUCUCGUCUUUGCCCGCAGUGUUUGUUCCUGUUGUGGUGCAUGGCCCCCGUGGCCUGGAACGGAUCCCAGGUCCUCUACAACCGAGUAGUCCGACCUGUUUUCCUCCGUCACGAAGCCACCGUGGACAACAUGUUUUGUCCACCCUGGUGAAGAACAAAGCAUUGGUGUCGCUCGAAGCUAAAAGUCUGCCGAGUGCAUCUGGAGAAAGCUCGGCGGGAAGAAAAAAUGCGUCUCCUCCGACCGAAGAGCAAGCGGUACGUACACUCCAAAGUCAAACCCUGAAAGAAAGACAAGGAACUGUUCUUAGCUCCUUUAUUGAUAUCAUCAAAUCCUUCAGCCUUUCCUGGGCUAACCAGCAGGUAAGCUAGCAGUUCGCAUGCCAGCAUGCUCGGCUCCCUGACCCUUUCACAAUACCCUAAAAAGUUCCCUUUAAUGGUGCCCCACCCGCUCAUUGUUCUCUCCGCGCAUGCCCCACCCACUCCUGUAGCAUAUUCGCACCAGUCAUUUGAAAUUGCCCCAUUGUAUGUAUUUCCAUCUUUGCUGUAUGUUAGCACAACAGCUCAAAUGCAAACACCCUCUUUCGAGAUCAUAUGCAACCGCAGGAGGAAACGUCAAAUCCUCAUCAAUCUGCCUCAGCGCUUUCUAGAUCUUAGCAUUUGAGCAACACUUGUCGUUUUGAAAUUGUCCCGUUGUCUUCAUGUUAUUUGAGCGC